AUGUCUGCUACUCCAAUGGCCAUGUCGAAUGCAGGCUGGACAAAGCCGUUCGAGCAGAUCGAAGCCAUAGUGUUUACCCAAACCCCCACCGACAACUUUAACGAGCAACUCCGGGCACUGUCUACAGCCAUCACCACCUACCUCGAUGGGCAAAAGCCAGACGAGGCAAAAGAGGACGAGGCACACAAGAAGCUUGCCAACGAUCUGGCCCAAAUCGCAGUGGAGGGCUUUGUCGCUGGGCAGCGCAAGGAAAUCGACCGGUACAACCAGGAGGAAUUCCUGAAGGCCGCCGAGGGCCGCGAGGAGACGAGCGCGCGCACAGAUGCCAAUGGCACGAGCCGCGGAGUGCAGAUCCACAAAGACGAGACAAAGACAGAGACGGGUGCGCUGGAGCGGUCCACAGGCGCGGUGCAGAAGGAGCAGCCACCUAAGGCGCCGCAGAAGCUGGACGGACUGCAGGAGCGGGUGGAGAACAUCCGGCAGCAUCUCAACGCAAAAUUUGUGCCUAGUUCGGCGAGCAUCUUCCGGCGCGUGGCUGCGCUUGAAGACAAGAUCAUGCUGCUGGAGCGUGAUCUGCCCGAGUGGGCGGCGGCCAAUUUUUGCCAGCCGAACCGGCAGUACACACAGCCGCCGCCAAUCACCAUGUAUAGGAUACUGUCACCCGACAGCAGCGAAGUCCCAGAGCGUACAAGGGCGGCUGCAAGGACGGGCGGAGGCAAGUCGACGCGGAUGCCGGCUGGCAAGCAUCACCGGGCGUACAGCAAGCCGUAUCAACCAAAGCGCCAGGGCUCGGGCAAGCCCAUCUUCCAUGCGUGUGGUCGCGGCGUCAACUCGUCACUGACACGGUCGGUUAUUGCCCAGCUGCAGAUGCGCCAGCAGGCGGCAGCAGGUAUACAGAAACCUAAAGGCAAUGCUGAGCAGUCACAGUCGCCGGCAUCACAUCCUCAGGUGAAGAACGAGCCAGUUUAA